UUUUUUUAAAGUUUUAACACCCAGUUCAAAAAAACAAUCCCUGAUUUCUUCAGGCAGCCGCACAUCACAGUGCAGAACCGGCAACCACCUUCAUCGCUCGGCCACCUCCGUUUCCAACCACCACCUCACGCGUCCAAUUCGUGCAAAACAAAGUGUAGAAAAAAAUAUGCUAAGGAGAAGGCUUUCUGUUCUCUCAACUUCAAUCAUCAGAAGUUCGAUUUACAACCGAUACCCGGCUGUUCAAUUUCAACCCCUGCAACUCCCACAACCUCUCAAUCUUCAUGCAACAUUUAGUAAUCUCAAUGCACACACAAAUUUUCAAGGUUUUAGAGCUUACAGUCUUCUGAGUUUGAAUGAUCUAAGAGAUAAUGUUCCCCGAAAACAGAAGACAAGGAAAGGUCGUGGGAUUGGGUCUGGAAAGGGUAAGACCGCUGGGAGGGGUCAUAAGGGUCAGAGAGCUAGAAAAGGUUCAAAAUUGGGGUUUGAAGGAGGUCAGACCCCUCUUCGUCGUAGGAUGCCUAAACGUGGAUUCAAGAACCCGUUUAGCCUCACUUUUCAGCCAAUAGGUUUGGGAAAAAUUGCAACAUUUAUCAAUGCUGGGAAGAUAGAUUCUUCUGAACUGAUCACAAUGAAAACACUCAAGGAUGCAGGGGUACUCGGGAAGCAAAUGAAAGAUGGAGUACGAUUGAUGGGUCGUGGUUCCGAGAAGAUCCAGUGGCCAAUUCAUCUAGAGGUAUCAAGGGUCACUGUUAGGGCCAAGGAAGCAGUUGAAGCAGCUGGUGGGUCUGUCAGAAAGGUGUAUUACAAUAAGUUGGGCUUCCGGGCACUGUUGAAGCCCGAGUGGUUCGAGAAGAAAGGAAGAUUGUUGCCUAAAGCAGCUAGACCACCUCCAAAGCAAAAGGAUAAAGUCGAUAGCAUUGGUCGGCUUCCUGCCCCAACCAAGCCAAUUCCAUUUUUAGUUGAAGCAAGCAAGGAUCUUCCAGUAAACCAGCUGAGUUAAAUAACUAAUAUGUUUAGUACCUUUUUUCUGGAAUCUGUAAUCCUUUUUCAUGUAAGUAGUUUGAUUCAAAAGGUUUUUAUGUAGUCUCUUGCAUGUCCUUGUAGUUCAUUGAUAAUAGAUCAAAUAAUUUCAUUUUGGGACAGAUGAAAAGAGGGAAUCUUAAGGCGUCUGAUGAAUGUAACAGAUUUUCAUGAAUAUCUCAACAUACUUUUUUCAUCUUA